AUGGAAAUGACAGUAGGGGUUAAAUUGUGGUUGGGUUUGUUUAUAGGAGGUUUGCCGCGGCUGGGGUGGCUGCUUUGGUGGUGGAAUGAGCUUUGGUACGUUGCUCCUCUCCAAGCUCGGUGCUCGGCUACCGGGACCAAUCUCCCGCCGGGGCAUAUGGGCUUCCCAUUGCUUGGAGAAAUGCUCACCUUCCUCUGGUACUUCAAAAUUCUUCGGCGGCCGAAUGAAUUCAUCAACUCCAAGCGACGCAAGUAUGGUGAUGGAGUAGGAAUGUACAGAACCCACCUCUUCGGAUCACCGUCCAUCAUAGCAUGCUUCCCAUCAAUCAAUAAGUUUAUAUUCCAAUCAGACGAUAAAUUUAUCCUGAAGUGGCCACAGGUCGAUCUCACUGGCCCUGCUUCUUUGGUAGCAGUACACGGAAAGUCCCAUGCCAGGCUUAGAAGCUACAUAUUGAACGCCAUUAACCGCCCCGAUGCUCUCCGGCGCAUCGAUCUUCAUGUCCAGCCACGCAUGGUAGCCGCGCGCGCUCCAAUCGUGGGCGCAGAGGGGUUACAAAAUACCAAAGGAUUGGAAAGUGAUUGUGUGGAUUCGAUAUACCUCCACACAAAUCCUGAAAACUUUGAGGAUCCCAUGUGCUUCAACCCAGAUAGAUGGAAUGAACCAGCAAGGCCUGGAACGUACCAAGUUUUUGGAGGUGGGUCAAGAAUCUGUGCAGGAAACAUGCUAGCGAGGAUAGAGCUUGCACUUUUUCUUCAUCAUUUGUCUGUAGGUUACAAGUGGGAAUUGCUUAACCCAGAUGUAGAGAUGGUUUAUCUUCCACAUCCAAUACCGCCUCUCUUCCACAUCCAAUACCGCCUCAGAUGA